AUGGAAAAUCAACGGAUAGCUAAAAGUCUUAAAUCUACCUCUACCUUAAAUUCUAAAUAAUCUCCUUAAUACAUCUAACAACCUAAAGUGCUCAUUCAACAGCAUCCAACUCAACUAGUCUAGAAAUCAGUUUAAUAAAACAUCCCAUUAAUACCUCUUAAGUAAGUGAACCGCGUAAUGUCAACAAGAGAGACUCCAAUUUUUAAGCAGAAUCAGGAGGAAUCCUAUCCAUGCACAAAAGAUGCCACAAGUUUAAUGGCUAAAUUAGAUUCACUAAUAGAAAUCAAAUCCUAUGAUAGCCCUAUUACAAGUCAUGUCUCCCCUAUACCUUCCACAUUAUAGAGUGUUGUUGUUCUUAAUUAAAACAAUCCUGCCAAAUCUUAACAGUUAUAGCAAGUUGCUUGUUCUAGUUGCGUAGAACCUUUUAAAGUUUGUAGCAAGAGUGUUGCUCAAAGCUAAUAACUAAUUAAAACACUCCCUCCAAAAAAGAAUUAUGAAACCAUGAUAGAAGUAUUGAUGAAAGAAUAAGAACUCUUAGUUUAAUAAUACAACACUUAAGUCAAUCUUUUGGAGAAUAAGGCUUAAGAGCUUUCAUAUGAGAAUAAUAACCUAGUGGAAUAAAAUAAAUUAUUUUUGGAAUAAAACUUAUAGUUAAAUGAUGAAGUGACUCAGCUUAAGUCAAAAUAACUCCCAGUUGAUCCAAGUACUUAAUAAGCAGUAUAAGUGUUGGAGUAUCAAUUAGAGUAAAAAAAGGGAGAACUAAAUCAGUUGAUAGAAAAAAUGAAUGAAAUUCUAUCUAUUAAUUAGAAAACCUAAGAAAAAAAUAAUGAACUAUCAUAAUAAGUUAAUACUAUUUUAGAAUAAAAGGAAAAGGAAAUUAAUGCUUAUUUCACUUAAAUUACUAAAUAUAAAUAAACUAUCUAAGAACUUGAAUUAAAAAUAACACAGUUGCUUUAAAAUGACUUAUUAUAAUAGAAAACACUCAAAGAAACAUAGAACAAAUUGACAGUGGUUGAACAAUCAGAGAGACACAAAUAAAAUCAACUUCCUUAAUAAUAGUAGUUAAAAUAUAAUGUCAAAGAAACAUUUGAAUACAAACAAUUAGUUUUGGAAUUGGAUAGCAAAUGUGUGACAAUUACAGAAAAAGAGAACCAAAUUGAAACCUUGAAAAUAAAAAAUCAGAUGAUGUCAUAACAAUUAGCACAAACAUAAGGAAGCUAAGUUUCUCUUUAAGAUCUAUAAGAAGCUUUGAGAUAAAGGGAUAGAGAAAAUGAGAAUUUGAAGUCUGAUUUAAUCAAUAAAGAGGAGGAAAUUGAAAGAUUAAACUAAUCAUUAAAAUUAGUGAGAAAAGAAAAGGCUAAAUUAUCUAUUAAUCUAAUGAAUGCUGGAAUGGCAAAUCUUGUCAUGAUGUCGCAGAACCAAACUUAAUAAGAUGAGACUACAAAUUGA